AUGACAGGCCCCCGGGCCCUCAUGCUGCUGCUGCCCGCCCUGCUGGGCUGGGCCGGCGGCCACCCCGUCCCCGGGACGAAGAGCUUCCGCAAGCUGCUGCUCAUCUCCUUCGACGGGUUCCGCUGGGACUAUGACCAGGACGUGGACACCCCCAACAUGGACCGCCUGGCCCAGGAGGGCGUCAAGGCCAAGUACCUCACGCCGCCCUUCGUGACCAUGACCUCCCCAUCCCACUUCACCACCAUCUCGGGUCGCUGGAUCGAAGAUCACGGAGUCAUUCACAACAUGAUGUUUAACACAGAGACACUCUGGAAGUACUCCUUCAAGACCACACAGAACAAGACUGAGUGGUGGGACAAUGGCGUUCUCCCCCUCUGGAUCACAGCCCAGAGACAGGGGAGGAAAACGGCGUCAUUCCACUAUCCCGGGGGAGGCGCCAAGUACCAAGGGGAGGCUGUCCAGCGGUCCCUGGUGGAGUCAUACACCCACCCAAAUGGCAACGAGACAGAGUGGAGACAGAACAUCGACAUCGUCAUGAACUGGUUCACCAAGGAAGACUUUGACUUUGUGACCCUGUACUAUGGAGAGCCGGAUAACGUGGGACACCUCUAUGGACCUGACACGGAGAAAAGGAGGGCAAUGAUACAGCAAAUCGACAGAACCAUCGGGUACCUACUGGAAGCCAUCAGGAGGCACAGCUUGACUGAGCACCUCAAUGUCAUCAUCACGUCAGACCACGGCAUGACCACCAUGAAAAAGAAGCCCAACAUCACCGAGAUCCUCCUGAGCAACUACAUCAGCUUCAAGGACUUGGUCCAGUUUGACAUCGUGGACUACGGCGGCUUUGGGAUGCUCCUGCCCAAACUGGGGCAAGAGGAAGCCGUUUACCAAGCACUGAAGAAUGCUCAUCCUCACCUCAAUGUGUACAAGAAGGAGGAAUUUCCAGAACGCUUCCAUUUUGCCAAACAUGAGCGGGUCCUGCCGAUCGUGAUGUACGCCGACUCUGGUUAUAGCAUCAGUGGGCGAAUUAUACUAUAUUUCAACAAAGGAGAUCAUGGUUUUGAUAAUGUCUACAUGGACAUGAAGACCAUAUUCAGAGCUUUCGGGCCUGAUUUCAAGAAGAAUCACCUGGCCGAGCCUUUUGACAGCAUCCACAUCUACCCCCUCAUGUGUAAGCUCCUGGGGGUUACCCCUGAGCCCCACAACGGCUCCCUGGCAGUCACCCAGGAAAUGCUGGUAGACACUUAUGACCAGCACACAGCUUCAGUGCCCCCAGCACAAGAUUAUCAUCAGCAGCUGUGA